GCCCCGGCCGCGCGGACGGCUGCGGGGGUUGCGGGGCACGGAGCGCUGCCCGGGUUGGGGGGCCCCGGGGAGCCAAGGAGGGCGCGCAGGGCACGGGGCGCCGGGGACGGCGUUCGGGGCAGGCGGGAGGGGAUCCCUGACUGUCCCAGGCCGGGGAGCAGGAGCAGCAGGAGGAAGUGGGUGCCCCCUCUCCCCCGCCAGCGCCCCCUCCCGCCGCCACUGCCUCCUCCUCCUCCUCCUCCCCAGUCACAGGCGCGUCCUCGGCGCACGUGUGCGAAACGUCACCGGCGGGUCCCGGGGAGAGGGACAGACCGCGGCCGGCGGGACGGGAACCUCUGUGCCCCCGCCCCCUCAGCAGCCAGGGAGUCGAGGAGGGGGGGGGAGAGACAGGGCGGGGAAGGAAGGGGCAAGGAGAAGGGGGGGCAGGGUCAAGGGCAGGCCCAGGGCGCAACCAAGAAGGCCGGGGCGGCUGGGCCACGCGGGUGCUGCCACGAUGUGCCCCAGCCGGCUGCACCAGCACCCCUCCUCCCCGCCCCCCAAACACACAUACCCCACCCCCACACGGCGCUAUCCUUCCCUCGCCGCCUCCCCCAAUCCCCGACUCUCCUCCUCCUCCUCCUCUUCCAGUUUCUUUGUUGCAGGGAGUUACGGAUCCCAAAAUGUCUAAAGCGCAAGGCAGCCAAGCCCGCGAGUGCCUGGCAUUCACCUCCCCCCCACUUUCCACUAGGAGUUCUCCCCCUCCACUCCAGGCCGCUCGCGGAGCCACUGGUCACAAAUGGGGCUAUAGGCCAGAGGGCCGAACAGGGAUGGUAUGAGCUUGGCAACUGUUUCGUCAAAGUCUCAAAUCUCCCUUAGUUUUCCCUCUUGUAACAGCCCCUCCGUCCCCCCCCCCACUUAUCUACUCCCUUCCCCCCAACUUCUUCUUCAUCCGGGGCGUGACCCCUUCCGACGCCCUGAGAAAGAGGAAGCUUCGGGGUUUUUUUUUGGGGGGGGGUAAGGGUUAGGGGAAAAGUGAAGACAGAAAAGAUCGGGGGAGGAGGGGGUGCGAAAAGUUUUCCUGUGUUUCACGUCCUUGGUGCAAAAGCGAUCCACGAUGCUCCGAGGGUUGUGGGAGCCAAGAGUGGAGUCGGGAGUGCAGGGGCACCAAGUCCCUAACAAUAAAUUCCUGCCUGUUUGGAGCAAGGGCAGAAGUCCCAACAAUGCAGCCCCACAAGCCCCAGUACUUUAGGGAGUCAGGGGAGCAGAGAUGCCCCUGCACUCCACCCCAAGUCCUGGACAUGCCCAUAUACCUAUGCCAUCUCGGCCUGGGGAGUCCGAGUUUCCCGGUCUCUCCUCCGCCUUCUCCUCCCCGCCGGGGCGCUUCCAAGCCCCCUUUCUCUCUUUUCUUUUUAUUUCUCCGCAAUGCACAGGCCCCGGGGGCCAAAAAUAAUCAGGGCUCCGGAGAGAGGAGGGUCCCAACAGCACAGAUAUCAGACCGUGAGGGGGGAUGGAGGCGGCGGGGGCGGCCGAUGCAACGGAUUGCGAGGAGGCGGCGGCAGCCCCGGUGCUGCGGCCGGCAGCUGAAAAAUGGCUCCAGGAAGCUGCUGCUGACAAUGAAUGAAGGGAUACGGUUUACGCGCCAAGGUCCUCCCGCGAAACUCGGAUUUCCCGCCGGCUUUUCAAAUCACAUCUGCAUACCCCCGCCCAGUAGCCAGCCCCUGGCAGCCUCCACAGCCCAUUGGCUUCCCCACACCCCUCCCCAUCCCCAAUCCCGGAGUCCAGCCAGGGCCUUCCAAUCUCUUAUUGGCCGAGGUGCAUCACGGUUACCGAGGCGACAGGGGUUUUAUUUGCAUACGUAGCUUCUAUUGGUUGAAAUCUAAGUAGGCUUUUUCCUUUGCCUUUCCUGGCCUUAGUUCACCCCGCCCCGAAGACCCUCCCGGUCCAAGCCCCACCUCUUUCCCGCCCCGCCGCUCCAGCGCCGCUGACCUAGGAUGAGAUGUCGGGAUCCGUGGAUUGUAUGUGCCUAGGGACAAGUUUCAUUUUUGGAGAUUUCCAAGGUGACCGUGAGGACAGCUUAUACUCUUUCUUUUCACUGGAGACAGUAAUAGCUGAGCAACAGCGGGAGUUUCAUCCAACACAA